AUGUGUCGGUUCGCUCACAACACAGCUGGCAGCAUCAACACUCAAGGAAGGGUGGUGCUGCCUACCAAUGUUGUUCCUCGACACUACGAUGUUACCCUCGAACCGGACUUUGACAAGUUCACCUUCGAGGGUACAGUAAUUAUCGACCUUGAUGUCGCUCAAGACAGUUCGUCCAUUUCCUUGAACACUAACGAAAUCGAAAUUCACACCACUACUGUCCAUGCUGAUGGCGCCCUCGUUACGUCCUCCCCGAAGAUCUCCUACGAUGCGGAUACACAGACUAGCACCAUCGACCUCGAUCACCAGCUCAAGAAGGGUCAAAGAGUGCAGCUCAAGCACACAUACACUGGUCAGCUCAAUGACAACAUGGCUGGCUUCUACAGGUCCAAGACAAAGUCUGGUCAGUUUCUGGCAGUCUCGCAGUUCGAGGCAACAGAUGCUCGUAGGGCUCUACCAUGUUUCGAUGAGCCAGCUCUUAAAGCUGAAUUUACUGCUACUCUUAUUGCAGACGAGAAGAUGACUUGUCUAUCAAACAUGGAUGUUGCCUCCACCACCACCAUCGACUCGAAGAUCACAAAUGGCAAGCGAAAGGCCGUGAAGUUCAAUAGAUCACCUAAGAUGUCUACGUACCUACUCGCCUUCGUGGUCGGUGAGCUCAAGUCAAUCGCUACUGAUAAGUUCCGACUUCCGAUCAAGGUAUGGAUGACACCUGAUCAGAAAGAUACAGAUGGACAAUUCUCUUUGGAAGUGGCUGCAAAGACGCUUGCCUUCUACGAGAAAGCUUUCCAAGCUCCAUACCCACUGCCUAAGAUGGACAUGGUAGCCAUUCCUGAUUUCGCUGCUGGGGCUAUGGAGAACUGGGGCCUGGUGACUUAUCGUGUCGUUGAUUUGUUGUUCGAUCAAAAGACUGCAGGAGCUGCUACCAAAGAAAGAGUGGCCGAGGUCGUUCAGCACGAGCUUGCUCAUCAAUGGUUCGGCAACCUUGUUACCAUGGACUUCUGGGACGGUCUGUGGCUCAAUGAAGGAUUCGCCACCUGGAUGAGCUGGUAUAGCUGCAAUGAGUUCUAUCCUGAGUGGAAGGUCUGGGAGACUUUCGUCAUCGACACUCUGCAGGGUGCUCUCGGUCUUGACGGUCUUCGAAGUUCUCAUCCAAUCGAGGUUCCUGUUCAUCGCGCCGAAGACAUCAAUCAGAUCUUCGAUAGUAUCUCUUACUCCAAAGGUUCUGCCGUCCUUCGCAUGAUCUCGAAAUACAUUGGUGAAGAUGUUUUCAUAGAUGGUGUGAGAAGGUACAUCAAGAAACAUGCUUGGGGUAAUACCCAAACUGGUGACUUGUGGGCUGCCCUCAGCGAAGCUAGUGGGAAGGACGUUUCAACGGUCAUGGACAUCUGGACAAAGAAGAUUGGCUAUCCUGUCGUUUCAGUGACGGAGAACGAGAAAGACGGCAGCAUCACUGUAAAACAGAACAGAUUCCUUCGAACAGGUGAUGUCAAACCAGAAGAGGAUGAAACUCUCUACCCGGUCAUCCUUGGUCUCAGAACCAAGGACGGUGUCGAUGAAAGCCUGAUUCUCAGAGAACGAGAGCAAACAUUCAAGGUUGCUGGCGGAUUGGACUUCUACAAACUCAAUGCGGACCAUUCGGCUCUCUUCAGGACUAGCUAUUCUCCUGAGCGCCUCGUCAAGUUGGGAGAGGCUGCAAAGAAGGGACUCCUCACCGUCGAAGAUCGUGCCGGUAUGAUUGCAGACGCAGGUGCGCUUGCAGCUAGCGGAUAUAGCAAGACUUCCGGCAUCCUCAGUCUGAUCGAGAGCUUCAACACUGAAGAUCAGUUUGUAGUAUGGAACGAGAUCCUGUCUAGGAUCAGCUCUGUACGUAACACAUGGAUGUUUGAGGAUGAAGCAGUACGAGAUGGCCUCAAGGCAUUCCAAAGACAGCUUGUAUCAAAGAAGGCUCACGAGCUUGGCUGGGAGUUCAGCGAGAACGAAGAUCACAUCAUGGCACAAUACAAGGCUCUAAUGUUUGGAUCCGCUGGCCUUGCUGGUGACGAGAAAGUCCUCAAGGCAGCCAAAGAUAUGUUCGCCAAGUACGCUUCUGGCGACCAUGAUGCUAUACACCCUAAUAUCAGAGCCUCUGUGUUGGCUAUGGCGGUCAGAGACGGUGGCGAGAAGGAAUGGGAGGCUGUUCGCGCUCGUGCUCAUGAAGCACCUACUGCAGACGAGCGCAACUCGUGUCUACGAACACUAGGACGUACACAGAAGCCCGAAUUAAUACAGCGGACCCUGGAAAUUGCUCUCUCCGGAGAGGUUAAGACGCAAGACAUCUAUAUGCCUAUCGGUGGCUUAGGUACCACCCCAGAGGGCAUCGAGAAGCGAUAUGACUGGAUGCGAACCAAUUGGAGUACAUUAGUUGAGAAGCUACCUCCCAGCAUGACUAUGCUGAGUAGUGUGGUGGCAAUUUGUGUCAACGGCUUUACCUCUGAGAAACAACUCAAAGAUGUGCAAGAGUUCUUCAGCGACAAGGACAAGAAGGGCUACGACAGAAGUCUCGAGCAGAGUCAAGAUUCUAUUCGCUCCAAGAUCGGCCAACUCAAUCGUGACAAGUCCGACGUUGAGCAAUUUUUGAAAGAUAAGGGCUACUAUGGUGGUGCGCAGGGGAAAUUAUGA